AACCGAGAAACAACCACAGAAGAACAACGUGCAACUUCCGGUAGUCCCUUUCUUCCUGUAGGCAGUCAAAAUGCUGGCCGCGCUGUGCAUUCUUGUGUUAUUGUCCUUUUGUCCAGCUCUUUGCGUUUUUCAGAAGCUUUAUUGUAGCUUUUCAGACAGCUGCGACUGCGACUUCAGGCCGAACAUCAGAGACUUGGAAUGGGACAUCUACAAAAACGUCUUUGGGCAGCACCUGGUUCAGGACAUCGUGUCGGAGGAAGUGGUAAAGUUUCUUCAGAAUAAAAACCCCGAUAGGCCCCUGGUUCUGUCCUUCCAUGGCUCCUCUGGGACAGGGAAGACGUUGGUGAGCAGCAUGCUGGGAACUCACCUGUUCGCUUCGGCCAUGAGCAGCCCGUACGUGCACCAGUUUGUGGCUACGCUCCAUUUCCCCGUGCCCCAUCGGGUUCAGCAGUACAGGAGGGAGCUGAAGAGCUGGGUGCAGGGGAACCUGACAGAAUGCGCUCACUCCAUCUUCAUUUUUGAUGAGAUGGAGAGGAUGCCGGCUGGCCUGGUGGACGUGCUGGAGCCUUUCCUGGGUCCUUCCCAUGUUGUGUUUUACACAAACUACCGCAAGGCUGUCUAUGUGUUCAUCAGCUCCACCGGGGAGGAGGUGAUCAACAGGGCAGCUCUGGAGAAUCGGCAGUCCGGGCAGGAGCGGGAAGCCAUCGCGUUGGCUGACCUGGAAGACGCCAUCGCUCAGGCUGCUUACAACAACCACACUAGCGGCUUCUUCCAGUCCAGCAUCAUCCAGCAGAAGCUCAUCACUCGUUUUGUCCCCUUCCUGCCUCUGAGCCGGCGCCACGUGGAGCGCUGCGUGCUGUCGCAGCUCUGCCAGCGCGGCCACUGUGGGCGGAGCGACGUGGUGGACGCUGUGGGGCGGGACGUGGCCUUCCAUCCUGUUCAGGGGCAGUACUUCUCCACAACGGGCUGCAAAGCCGUCUCUGCCAAGAUAGACCUGUUUCUGUGAAGGAAGGAGCGGCGUCUAACCAGGAGUGGAGAGACUUCAGACUGACUUAACCUUCACACAGCAAUCCGCUGCUUGGAGAGACGGGACCCUUCUCCUGGUCAGAGAACUGCUCCUCCUGGACUCUAGGGUCUGAGAUGAGUCGAAACCUGAUUUCUGGGCUCUGUGGAGUCACAGAUGUUGGUGAGCAGUUUAGCAGCAUUUGAGUCUGACAGACAGACAGAAGUUGGCUUCGCUCUAGACCUGAACAGAAGAAAAGGUCGGAUGUUCAAAUCCACAGUUCCAGAGAAAAUGCUGCAAAAUGUUUGUAUGGUUGUUGCACAUCUCAGGAUGUGAAUGUGCUGGACUGAUGUUGUUUAAAGCUUCAAUGAAGAAGAAAGCUGGAAGAUGAUUUGACGGGAAAGCCUUCUAACCAGUCUCCCUUUCAUUUGCUGCUCUGAAGUCCAGAGCAGCUCAGUCUUCAGUCUGUAGAUCUGUUGUAUUGAUGUCACAAAUGCACUUUAGGAAGCUCCCAUGCUGUUUACAACUCUUAUCUGAUUGGAAGACAGAACCCUGAACAAAGUUCAGAGGCAUCAUUACAUGAAGAGCACAGAAACACGGUCAUCAUCUUUUUUAGUGAAAUCGCCAGUUUACAUGGAUUUUGUUUGGACAAACAGCAGAGCAUGCUGGGAAACGCAUUUGUUCUUGUAGAUAGCCUAAAGGCUUAAAGUCCCCAUCCGGACAUCUACUGAUCUCUUUUUAAAGCCUCUUUUAAUCCUGAUCAUGACUUUUUCGCCCAAAUCCCAAAACCUGUGUGGUUUUCUAGGACAUAGUUUCUGCAGAGCAGCAGGAGUUCAUCAGAAAAUCACCUCUGAGUUGUUAGAGGGACAUUUGGUGCAGAGCAAGUAUUCGUGACUUCCCAUCAUCCCUUUGGUUACGUACUCUUAGCUUACAGCCGCUCACAUCCCAACCUAACUAGCGGUGCAACAAAAAUAGCAGCAGUAUCAGAUCCGUCCAUCCGUCCAGUUCUGAUCCAGAUUCCAGCUCAGACCAGGAGAACAGAGACGAUCAUGGAUCUAUUGGUCUGACAGUGGAUGAUCAGAAAGGGGCGGAGCCAGGAGAUGGUGGCCUAUUCAUAGCAGUUUCUCUGUUACAACCAAUUAAAUGCAGUCAUUUGAGUCAAAAGGUGGCUAAAAGAUACAUAAAUUUCAUGAACAUCCUUUUUUUUACAUUAAAAAUAAAAUAAUAAAUGGUAAAAUAUUAUUUUUCAGACAUGUCUAUUCUAUGAUAACUUUUUCCUUGUGGGGUUUCAUUAGGAAACAAGUAUAUUUAUGCAUUUCCUGUUCAAAUACAGGAGACAGCUGCAGGUGAGGCUCCGGCCCCCCAUGCCUCACCUGUGCACACACUGACUGAGCUGCAGCAGACACCUGCACUUCACUGUUUUGGUCUUUCUAUCGUCAUAAUGAAUUACUUCAUCUUUUUAUUUCUUAUUAACUGUCUGAUUCCAUUGGUGUCGGUUUGCGAUUCAAUCUUUUUGUCUACUAAAAAUGCACAUUAGAAACACGCUGAGUGAGGCCCGCAGUUCACCUGCCUGAAGGUAGAGGGCGCUGAGGAUCCCAGAGAACGUGACACUGCGGCUCAAGAAUAAUAGAAUUAGUGGUAUGGAGUCCAGUGCAGCUGUCCAGCUCUUUAAUGCAGUUUAGCAUCAUUUUCUAAACGGAUGAUUAAGCGUCUGAAGGGAGGAAUUAGCAGAGACUGUAAAUUCUUGGCAAAGUAUGAAAAUUAACAGGGAAGCUCUUUCAGUUUUAGUCUGGAAUGCUGAGCUAAUAGCUCUGAAUCCGGCUGUCCUGCUCUCUGUGUCACGUGAAUAUCAUCUUUAGCUUUUUCCAGAGUGGUUCAAAUGGAGACAGCCCAAUUCAGGCCAACCCCAUGAAAAGAUCUUUUUCACUUCAAUAAUGUUUCAGUGAGUCUUGAUCCAUACACUAGACUGCGCGGUAAGCUCUGGCUUUGUUGUUUGACAAGAGCUUUUAUGAACAUGUUCUGUCCUGAGUUCAGUACAUGACACGGAGGUGUUCUCUCUGAGAGGCCGCCUGAGAGAUAAUUCAAACUUCAUCCUGACAGAUACCAUCAUACUCUCACACACAUACCACUACAGUCUUACUCACACAACAGUGUACUCUCUCUCAUAUACUUCCAUACUCUCUUGCUCGCCUAAUCAUACUCUUAUAUAAAUAUUGGUGUACUCUCUCAUAGGUAGUCAUAUACUGUCUUAUAAGCACAGUCAUAUCUUCUUGUAUUUACAUUCAUACAUGCUCACAGAGACUUCAAUACUUUGACACGUUCCACAGUAUCAUCUUGCACAUACAAACAUACUUAUGUUAUAUGGAAGUGACAAAAUAAAUGUGAAUGCAAAACAACAUGAUAUGGUAUGAGAAGAAAAAUUGCACAUGUAAGAGAGUUUGAUUGAAACAGAAGUUGUUUUGGUUAAAGCGGACAUAGAACUAAA